CAUUUGAUUUUGAAUUCCCAUUAUCCAUUCGUAAACAUUCCUAAAAUACCUAUCAAGUGUUUGAGCCAAGGACGUUUAAUUUGUUUCCUGUAUGCUCUUUAAUUAUUAAACUAAAAAUUAUUUGUCUUUGUGUUUUAAUAAAAUAAACAAGUUUUUUAAAACAUGGCUCAGUGUAAGGUGUGGUUGGAGAAUUAUCAUACAGGACAGUAUUUCCCAGGCAGCCAAAUUCAAGGCAAAGUUGUAUUAAAUUUCACUAGUGAAACUAAAUGCAGAAGCGUUAAAUUAAGAUUAUUUGGACUUGAGCAUACAGAAUGGAUGGGCACUGAAGAGUAUACAGAACAAGGAUCUAAUGAACGUAAAACUAGAGACAUACGAAUAGAAGGAAACAAUGAAAUAUUUGCCACAGAAUUAAUAUUGUAUGGAGCACAGACUGGUACAACAACUCUAUCAGCAGGCCAACACAUUUACCCCUUUAAUGUCACUUUACCUAAUGAGAUUCCAGGGUCUUAUAACUGUGAAUAUGGUUCCAUUACAUUUAAAUUAUUAGGUAUUGUGGACCGCCCUAUGGCUUUUGAUUACACCGAUGAGCUAAUUUUCAUUGUAGUGUCAUUAGUUGAUUUAAACAACUUGCGGAAACCAGAUCUACUGGAAUCAACUUCUUAUUCUGACGACAAGACUGUAUGCUGCUUGUGUUGUGCCCAAGGUCCAAUUGAAAUGGAUAUAACUUUGCCUAAAAGGACACUUGUACCUGAAGAAACUGUCAAUGUUUUAGUUCGUCUCAGUAAUUUAUCAAACACAAAUAUUGAAGGAGUGGAAUUAAAAUUGAAACAGUCCAUCGUUUGUAAAGCAUAUAAUCCAUCAGAGAGCAGAUCCAUUGAAAAUACACUGCUUCAUUUGACUGAAGUUGGUUUGGGGGCUCAUGGUGAAAAUACAUACACUUUUCCUGUGAAAUUACCACCCAAUUGUACUAUUCCCAAUUUUGCUUUCUGUAAGCUGUUCAAAGUGAAUUAUCACUAUAAGGUCACUGCUCUACUACCCGGUGUUCAUGCUAACCUAGAGAUCGACAUGUAUCCAGAACUUGGUAAUAUAGAAAUAGGACAUCAGGCUCCCAUAGGAGGAUUCCAACCUCCUCCAGUUACAACUUAUCCUAUGGCUCAACCCUCUUAUCCAACAAGUUACCCAGCUACUCAAUAUCCACAAGCAGGAAUUGGAAAUCAACAAUAUCCUGAAGGUGGAGGCAUUUCAAAUUAUCCACCUGCUGUUCAGCCAUUUGGUGCACCACCUCCUGGCAUGUACCCUCCAACUGGAGGUUAUGCAGGAAGUUCUUAUCCGCCACCUGUUUCAACUCCCUCAUUAACUGGCUAUCCUUCAAAAGCAGAAGAAGCUGCUGGAUUCCCGUCAGCACCGCCUCCAGCACAGGCAGGCCAAAUGCCACCACCUUCUUACGACAGUAUCCAGAAGUAAUAAUGUUGGAGAAGCAGCGUAAACAACGCACAUGCUGUGAAUUCUCAGGUUACAGAAUAUUUGCCUUAAAUUGUUUAAAUUAAACUCACUUUCCUAAAUUAUUGUUAUUUCUAGAUCAAUAAUGCGCUAUUUUUUUUAAGGAAAAUUUUACACCAAUUGUACGAGUAAGGUAGGUAUUAUCAAGUCCUUUUAAUCUAUCAAAUUUUCAAUUAUUUUUUAUUCAAUUCUUAUUUUGAUAUACGAACGGAUUAUACUGUGUACUAAAAACUUUCCUUGACAAUGCAAAGCAUUGAUUUAAUAUUUAAAACCGAAGAAACGUUUUUUGUUUCAACUGAUAGCUCAAGAAAUUCUGUGGUUGGCGACUAAAAGGAUAUAAGUCGAAUUUUUAGAAAAAUAGGGUUUCUUUUGAUCUUUUAAGUCUAUUUAUGCUGAAAAAUUUUAAAAUUAUUUAUUAAUUUGGAUCUUCUGUACAGACAAAAUGAUAUUUCUCAACUUUCACACCCAUUUCCCAUACUGUCAAAAUUUAUACUUGAGCCCUUUUAAGCGCCGACCACAGUAUUGGUUAUUAAAUACAUCAUUACAGUGAAUAUUUUGAAAAUUAGUAUGCCAACUUGAUAGUACCCACUGCUUUCUCCAAAGAAAUAAGUUUUGAGAUGGAAAGUUGGGUUUAUAUUUUUAUUCUGUCCAAGGUGAAAUUUAAAUAUAUCGACAUAAUAAAAUGAACAGACCUACCUACCUGUUAAAUAUAAAUGAACGGCACUAACUUUACCAGUAAAUUCGAAAAAUUUUAAUAUCAAAUCAUUUCCUAUUUCAACCUUUUUUCUUCACGCACUGUAACUAAAUUAUAUGCAAGUCGACACAUUACUAAAGUGAUUGUUUUCUAUAUAAUAAUUGAUAUGUUUUUUUUUAAUAGAUUUUCUACAUUUAGCAGUUUUGUUAAAAGGUAUUUUAUCAAAAUAACAUUUUUUUGAAUUUCAAUGUGUUGAUGUGUUUUAAUUUCACCCAGUAUAUUUUAUUUGUUUUAUGGGAAUAAUAUGGAAAAACAAACUCAAAAAUGUUCAUUCUCAAUCAUAUACCUAUGUAAUAACUUAAUUUGAAACGUUUUGAAAGCUGCAAAGUAGGCUAUUGCUAGUCUGACAUUCAAAUAUCAUAACAACACAAGGCGAUACACCUGGGGUACGUUCAGGAAUAACACACUGAGUGUGAAUGUAAUUUUCGCGAUGUGACUAGUUAAGCGACGCCUGCCUGCGACCAUUCCUUACCAUUCAAAAACCAAUAAACUUAACCAAACAUUUUAGUUAAAUUUCAUAUUAUCCUGUUUUAUCACAUUUUUUUAUAUUUUUGUAUGUUUGUAAUCAUGUUUAUAGGUUAUAAAAAAUAUGUUCCAGGAAAUAAACAAUAAUUUUGAAUAUAAUAUGGCAAUAGGCAACUAAAAUAUCCCAAUCGCACCUCUUCACACUGAAAAAUUAUGGUGUGAAGCUGGGCGACUCAUGUACACGUCUCUGGUAAUCGUGUGUACAUGCAGAGAGACAUUUCUAUUUCUGAACAGUAUGAACAUCAUUAGUGUUACACUUACACCCGGUGUAUGAUUCCUGAACGCACCCCUGGGGAUAUACCUAAUUGGCUAUUUUUCUUAUUAUAUUAUAAAUUCACAGAUCAAAAAUAACUAAAAUAAUAUGAAAUAUCAGGCAAUCUCUAAAUGUCCAAAGUGUUUUGAUUUUAAAGACAGUAUUUAUAAUUCUUUAUAGCAGCUCUUUUAAAUAAAUACAGCUAUAUACUUUUUAAUAAUGAUUGUUAAUAAAAUAGUACACAAACGUUGGCGGAAAUUAUCAUUCCGGUCUCGCUGUGUAAUAUACUAUUAAUGUUUACGUACUAAUAUUGAUAAAAAAAAAAACUUACAUGAUCUAUGAAGUAAAUUUUAAAGAAACUGAACAUUUUUCAAAGCUAUUAUUCCUGCUAAAGUAGUUUUUGUAUGUAUAUAGUGUUUUUAUUUUUACCUAUUAGCAAUUUUGUUAAGGUAGUUCACUCGUAAAACGGCUUUUCUUAAGAAUUUAAUAAAAUUGAAAUAUAAGGUUAAUGAAAGUGUCUUUUACGUACUAAAAAAAUUAAAUUUUUUGACCGUCUGUGAAACGAGAUAUUAACAAAAAUGUGCAUAAUUUACACUCUUGAAGCCUGUCGUGUACACAAGCAAUGGCAUUUAUCUUGAAAACGGUUCUUACUUAUAUUUUUUAAAAACUAAUGUAAUGUGAAUCAAGAAGUUAUAAAAUUUUCUAAAAUAAAAAUAUAUUUAUUGCAGUCGACGCGUAGUUGCGUAAAAUGAUUACAACUUGGCAACAUUGUAAUCGCUACACUUAACGCGCGGUAAUAGAAUACCACUCGAUCAGCUAAGAGGUUGUUAUAACCUCGCGGCGUGUUCUUGAAAAAUUAAUUCGUCCACUGUAUUUGAGAACUUGAAUCAGCGGUUCUAUUUGAACCAAAACAAACCCUUAAAAUUAGUAUGAGGAAGUCACAAAUUUUUAUAGCCCAACAUUUAUAUAUUUGCAACGUUGCCGGAUGGAUUUUAUUUUAAAUUAUAACGUAUCCGUAUAUAUAAGCUUACAUGUGUUGUGUAGUCUCUUACAAAAAUAAUUUUUUUAGCACUGAGAAUCUCGAACUUUUGGUAUUCACCAUUAUGUGAUAUUUUUAUGUACAAAUGUCGCGAGUGAACUACCUUAAAUACUCGUAUAUAAUAUUUAUUAGAAUAUAAGUUGAUAUAUAAUCAGAAACCUAGUAAGUUACUACUCUUGAAACUCGCAAGUGUCGAAUAAAACAUAGUUUUUAAAUGUAUUAUGGAAUAUUUUAAAUAAACAAAAAAUAUUUUUA